AUGGAACGUUAUCAACUCAUCUUAUACUGUGCCCUAUUGGUAAUAGCCAUAUUUCAUUCAGCUUGUGGAUCAGUUGGGGAUCGUCUUGAGCGGUAUCAAAGUCUGCUAAGUCAGUGUGUUGCCAAUUGCCGCGAAGCAACAAUACCUUGGAGCAUUUCUAUCUUUGGCUGGGAUUGUUUAGAUAAUUGUAAAUAUCUAUCGAUGCAUCAAGUUGUAGAUGAAUUAAUUGAAUAUAAUCAGCCUAUACCACAAUGGCAUGGUAAAUGGCCUUUCGUCCGUUUCCUUGGGAUCCAAGAGCCAGCAUCGGUUGUAUUUUCCAUCGGUAAUGCAAUGGCCAACUAUUUCGGUUGGAAAGCAUAUCGAGAGAGUGUACAUAGUAAUUAUAGAAUGUAUCAUGUUGUGCGAACUUAUACGAUGGUUUCUGUCAAUGCUUGGCUUUGGUCUACUAUUUUUCAUACACGCGAUUUACUCUGGACAGAACGAAUGGAUUACUUUAGUGCUGGAGCUGUCAUUGCCUUUGGACAUUACCUGUUUAUGUUUUAUAUCUUGACAAAUUAUGGCUAUAAGUGGUUAGCUCGUUUGUAUGGUGGAAUAGUUCUGUUGCUGUAUAGUUGCCAUAUCUAUUACAUGGCAUUUAUUCAAUUUAGCUACAGCUAUAACAUGCGCGCCAAUGUUGCUGUAGGUUUUCUUACAGCAUUAUGUUGGUGUACCUGGUUUAUAAAGACGGCAAAAUCUAGACCCCAUGUAUGGAUAGGAUUUUUAUGUGCUAUUGGAACCCCAGCAGUAGCAGCGCUAGAAUUGUUCGAUUUUCCACCAUUUUGGUGGACCUUCGAUGCGCAUUCAUUAUGGCAUGCUGCAACUAUCCCAUUUGCAUACAUCUGGUUCUUAUUUCUACGUAGUGAUGCUGAAUUGGAGAUCAGAAGAGACCAAGGAAAAUUAGAAUAA